AUGUGGCUGCGAUCUCCCAUCUCGCUGCUGUUAGCAGCGUGCAUGUGCUUACCAUAUGCAAAUGCUGACACAUAUCUAUCAUCAACAUCGUUGUCAACAUGUCAAGACGACUCUCUGAUCACUGCGAGCUUGUUUGACGUCACGUUCUUUCCUGGAAAUGAUACAAUAUACUAUGAUAUCCAUGCAAACGCUUCGGUUACAGGCAACGUUUCAUUGACGGUACAAGUCAUUGCGUACGGCUACUACCUCCAGCCGAUCCAUGUUGAUCCCUGUGAUGGUUCGUCGUUGUCGACGAAUUUCUGUCCCAUUGAAACUGCCGGAGAACCAAUCGAUCUUCAAGCCUCGAGUCCAGUACCUGCUGAUAUCGUGACUAGAGUUCCUGGAAUCGCUUAUACUGUUCCGGAUUUGGACGGAAAAAUUCGCAUUCUCAUUGAUUCAACCGACCAAAAUACCACAGUCGCAUGCUUGGAAGCCGAACUUACAAACGGCAAAACUGUGUAUCAGAAGGCUGUGGGAUGGACAUUGGCCGUCAUUGCAGGUCUGGCAUUGACAGCGUCUGCUAUCGCGUCGGGUCUUGGCUUUUCGAACACUGCUGCCCACGUUGCCGCGAAUGCACUGUCGCUCUUUUCAUUCUUCCAAGCUCAGGCCAUGUACGGAAUGACUUCGGUAUCCAUGCCGCCGAUCGUAGAAGCGUGGACCCAGAAUUUCCAGUGGAGCAUGGGCAUCAUCCGCGUGGGCUUUCUACAGACUCUGGGCACUUGGUACCAGCAAGCAACAGGUGGCACGCCGUCAACGUUACUCGCCAGCCUAUCUGUGCAAUCCGUCAGCGUUCAAAAACGAUCCCUUGACUUGGCCAAGCGAGCGCUGCACACAUUGACUGCCCGCGCAGACAACACUAUGUACUCGGGUAAUAUCGUUCUCAAAGGCAUUUUGCGGGUUGGUUUCCGGGCAAAGAUCGAAUCCAGCAAUAUCUUUAUGACCGGGUUGAUAUUUCUGGCUGCUUUCUUUAUCAUCGUGAUACUUCUUAUCUUGGUGUUCAAGCUGUAUAUCAAACUUGCUAUCAAGUGGGGAUGGAUGCCUCCUAGUGGAUUUCAAGAUUUCCGCAACGGAUGGACCAGUGUCAUGCGCGGAAUUCUGUUCCGCCUUAUUAUUAUCGCAUAUCCUCAGAUGGUUGUGCUUUGUCUCUGGGAACUCACACGCCGUGACUCUGCUGCCGAAGCAGUCCUGGCCGUUCUUAUGCUCGUCUCAAUGACCGCAACUCUUGUAUGGGCUGCUCUGAAUGUGGUCCGACUUGCCAAGCGCUCAGUAGCAAUGCACCAAAAUCCAGCCUACAUUCUUUACUCCAACCCCAAGUUCCUUCACACUUGGGGAUUUUUAUAUGUCUCAUAUCGCGCCACGGCCUAUUACUGGGUAUUUCCUACGUUGUUCUAUAUCUUCGCCAAAGGCGCAUUCAUCGGUCUCUCACAAAAAUCGCCAAUCACUCUGACUAUUGGUUUGCUGAUCAUUGAAACGACACAACUCAUCUUCGCCUCCAUUUUCAGACCAUGGAUGGACAAGAAGACAAACACAUUCAACAUCGCCAUUUGCGCCGUCCAUUUCGUCAACGCUGUGUUCUUACUCAUGUUCACCAGCGUCUUUGAUCAACCCCCAAUCGUAAACUCCGUCAUGGGCGUCGUGCUAGUCCUCUACAACGCCAUCUUCGCCCUUGUCCUAUUACUAAUGGUGCUUAUAUCCGCAUUCUACGCAAUCUUCUCCAAGAAUCCAGAUUUGCGCUACGAGCCUGUCCGAGAUGAUCGAGGUUCAUUCAUACGAUCACAAACUCAACUUGAUGCGCAUAAGGAGUUGGAUGCGCUCGGUGCCACAGCGAGAGGAGAGGAGAAGUUGAUAUAUUGA